AUGAGUACAGACGACGAGAUUCAGGAGAAGACUGAGGAGGAGGUUGCUGACAUGAUUAUGGAGGAUGUUCAUAACCUGAUGAAGCUCUUGGAUAUUGUGGCAUCGGAACCAAGUAACAGACACAAAUUAUCAGUGGAUAGUGUUAGGGUUACUCAUCCUCUACUUUUCCCCCGCAUAUCAUCGAUCAGGACCUAUCUUGGAGGGGAUCUUUGUCUUACACUUUCAGAAUACGUUGAUGUAUUUGGAAAAAUACCAGUGGUGACCAGAGAUGUUGAGUUAAAUCAUCCUGUUGAUUGUCCAUUAAAAUUUUGA